AUGGCUUCUGCGCUGGCUGAAGCGCCCAAGGUGCUCAACGGCCACGUCCCAGGCGACAUGAUGAGCGGCAUCACCACGACCAGCAACGGCAAUGAAAACGGGAAUGAGAACAACCAGCAAAAGAGGCCUGCCAAGAGGCAAAACCCCGGCAACAACCGUGCGUGGAAGCAGAAGAAGACCAAGCGGGAGAAGAACAUCACCGAGGGAUCCAUUGAGGAAGUCCUCAAGUACGACAUCGAGGCGCUGCUGGCCUCGCGCAAAUCUCAGUCUGACGCCGAAGUCGACGCAAAUGCUGAGGAUGAUGUUCCCGAACUAUACGCUGAGACCGAGGUCGAAGUCCUGUCGCUCUCGUCCACCGGCGACGGCCUCGCCAUGCGCGCCGGCUCUGACCAGGUCUACAUCGUGCCCUUCACCGUCCCCGGCGACAUAGCCCGGAUCAAGAUCUACCGGCACGUGCGCGACGAGAAGCAAUCCUUCGCCGACUUCGUCUCCAUCGUCAAGCCUUCGUCCCUGCGAGACGACGCCCGCAUCCAGUGCAAGUACUUCGCCUCGUGUGGCGGCUGCCAGUUCCAGAUGCUCGACUACUCCGAGCAGCUCCUCCACAAGAAGCGCAUCGUCGACCGCGCCUUUCGCAACUUCUCCAACCUCGCCCCGGAGGUCGUCCCCGCCAUCAACGACACCAUUGGCAGCCCCCUGCAGUACGGCUACCGCACCAAGCUGACGCCGCACUUUGAUGGCCCCCCGGGCUUCCGCCAUAACAAGCGCGGCAAGAACCCCAGGACGCCCUUCGGAUCAUGCCCGGACAUCGGCUUUAUGCAAAAGGGUCGCCGCAAGGUCAUAGACAUCGAGGACUGCCCUAUCGGUACCAACGCUGUGCGUCUCGGCAUGGGACGAGAGCGAGAGCGCAUGCACAAGGACUUUGCCGAUUACCAGCGCGGUGCCACUAUUCUCCUUCGCGAGGACACCAAGCGUCUCCCCAAGGAUAGCGACGAGAUUCCCCAGGGCGAAGUCCCCCCAUAUACGGUCCGCGUCGACAACGACGACACCGUCGACCUCAAGACGUGCAUCACCGACUCCAAAGCCACUACCACCGAGUACAUCGGCGACUACCUAUUCACCAACCCGGCGGGCUCCUUCUUCCAGAAUAACAACUCCAUCCUCCCCAAAUUCACAAGCUACAUCCGCGACCGCAUCCUCCCGCCCUCAGGCAACAUCAAGUACCUCAUCGACGCCUACUCGGGCUCCGGCCUCUUCACAAUCACCCUGGCCUCGCUGUUCGAGCACUCCAUCGGCAUCGACAUCGCCGCCGACUCCAUCGCCUCGGCCGGCCGCAACGCCGCGCUCAACGGCAUGGGCGAGGACCGCUGCAAGUUCAUCGCCGCCGACGCUGGCGAGCUCUUCAAGAGCGUCUCCUACAACGCCGACGAGACCGUCGUUGUCCUCGACCCGCCUCGAAAGGGCUGCGACGCCUCCUUCCUCUCCCAGCUGCGCCGCUUCGGGCCCCGCCGCGUCGUCUACGUCAGCUGCAACGUGCACACGCAGGCUCGCGACGUGGGCGUCUUGGUGCGCGGCGAGGGCGAGGGCGAGCGGUAUGAGAUCGAGAGCCUGGUCGGCUUCGACUUCUUCCCGCAGACGGGACACGUGGAGGGCGUUGCGAUUCUCAACAGGGUUGAUACCAAGGCGUAA